UGCUGCUAGAGAUAAGAAGGCUCAGAAGAGGUUUAGGAAUGCUAUUAAAGAUAAAGUGCCAAAAAGAUUUAAGAAUGUUACAAAAGCUGAAGUAGGUGAGAGAUUUAGAAAUGCUACUAGAGAUGAA